CAAUGUGCCAGUGCCGGGAAUUCAGGUGUGCCGGAGCAGGUGACACGACGGGGACAGCCGGGAGAGUGUGCCGGCUGACAAGGCGGGACAGAGGAUCUCGGUGCGGGUGACACAAGGGGGACAGCCAGAGAGCGUGCCGCUGCGGGUGGCAGCGCAGGUGACAUGAUGGGGACAGCAAGGUGUCCUUACGGGUGACACAAGGGGGACAGCCAGGAGAGCGUCUCGGGUGGAUGACGGGAAGGGGACAGCGUGGGUGACACCGAGGGGCAGAGAAGCCACUCGGGCCCAGGGGAUGACAGAUGGGGAUGACCCGCUCUGGGGUCCCUGUCCCCGAGUGCUCCCGGGGUGACAGCAGCCACCGGCGGAGGGAUCACGAGCGGCUGUCGGGGACCGGCAUCUGCUGGCGCUGGCAGCUCCGGGGGCCGGGAUUCACGGGCAGGUCCGGGGGUGCCGGGGGAGGCAGGAGGGGCCCGGGGGGUGCCGGUGGUGUCCGGGAGUGGCUGUCCCCAGCGUCACCCGCGGUGCUGUCCCAGCUGGGUGUUCCUCCAUGAGAAAGCGUACCAGGUGCGGGACACGGCCAUCGAGUCCUCCGUGGUCACCAAGGUGAAGGGCGUGGGGCGCUACGCGGGGCAGGUGAUGGACACGGCCGACUACGUCACGCCCCCCCAGGGCACCUCGGUGUUCGUGGUGGUCACCAAGCAGAUCCGGACCGAGGACCAGGCGCAGGGCGUGUGCCCGGAGAGCGAAGCCGCGUUCCACUGCUCGGCGGACCGGGACUGCCGGGAGCUGAGCCCGGGCACGAGCAACGGGCUGCUGACAGGGCGCUGCGUCCCCUACAACGCGACCCUGCGCACCUGCGAGAUCCAGGGCUGGUGCCCGCCCGAGGUGGACACCGUUGAUGUCCCCAUCAUGCUGGAAGCUGAGAACUUCACCCUCCUCAUCAAGAACAGCAUCCGCUUCCCGCUCUUUGGCUUUGAGAAGACCAACCUGCCACCCCCUGGCAGUGGGGCGGAGCUGGGCCGGUGUCGCUUCCACCCACAGCUGCAGCCCCUGUGCCCCAUCCUGCGCCUGGGGGACGUGGCACGUCUGGCUGGGCAGGACUUCCCUGCGCUGGCUGCCACCGGGGGGGUGCUGGGGAUCAAGAUCGGGUGGGUGUGUGACCUGGACCGGGCCUGGGAGCGCUGCCUGCCCCGCUACUCCUUCACCCGCCUGGACAGCCUGGCCCGGACCCCUGCCCCUGGAUACAACUUCAGGCACGCCAGGUACUACCGCUGGCCUGAUGGCUCCGAGCGCCGCACCCUCAUCAAGGCCUUCGGGAUCCGCUUUGAUGUCCUGGUGUAUGGCAGUGCCGGGAAGUUCGGCAUCGUCCCCACCCUCAUCAACACGGUGGCUGCUUUCACCUCCAUCGGUGUGGUGAGUCGGGGACGUUCUCAGCCCCGGAGUGGUGACACCUCCCAGGGCACAAGGGGGAAAUCCCACGGCCACGGGGCAUGGGGACACAGCACGGCUGCAGGGUGGCAGUGGCCUGGCUCUGUGGGGGCGCGGGGGUGCUCCACAGUGCGGGGCCUCCCCACGCCAACGCUGCUGCCCCCAGGGCACGGUGCUGUGCGACAUCAUCCUGCUCAACUUCCUCAAGGGCGCUGAGCACUACAAGGCCCGCAAGUUCGAGGAGGUGUCAGAGGCCGGCAUGCCCGCCACCCCCUCAGCGUGUCCCCCCGGAGCGCUGGGGACCUGCUCCCGGGACAAGCAAUCCACCGACUCGGGCACCUUCUCCCUCGGCCUCUAGCCCCGGGGGCCAUGGGGCAGCCCC